GGAACAGCAUCGCUGCCCGAUCUCCAAAGGAAUCCACGUUUGCAGGAAUUACACUGGAGAGAAAUCGGUGAGUCCUUUUUCUGAAAGGCUUCCUAAAGACAACAGAAGAUGGCUGAGGUGACUGUUUUUAAAGCUUAUUUAAGCUGCCCCGUUUGUUCAAAUACCUUAAAAGAUCCUGUGUCUCUGAGCUGUAGCCACAACUUCUGUACAAGCUGCCUGCAGAGAUUCUGGCAAGGAUCUACAAACAAAACCUGUCCCGUUUGUAAAAGAAGAUCCUCAAAUGAAAGGCUCUCAGUAAACUACACACUGAAGGAACUUGCUGAUUCUUUUGCUGGAAGCCAGGCCCCUGGACCAUCUGUGGGGGUCCAAAACCAGGCCCCUGGACCAUCUGUGGGAGUCCAAAGCCAGGCCUUUGGACCAUCUGUGAGGGUCCAAAACCAGGCCCCUGGACCAUCUGUAGGAGUCCAAAGCCAGGCCUUUGGACCAUCUGUGAGGGUCCAAAACCAGGCCCCUGGACCAUCUGUGGGAGUCCAAAGCCAGGCCUCUGGACCAUCUGUGAGGGUCCAAAACCAGGCCCCUGGACCAUCUGUGGGAGUCCAAAACCAGGCCUCUGGACCAUCUGUGAGGGUCCAAAACCAGGCCCCUGGACCAUCUGUGGGGGUCCAAAGCCAGGCCUCUGGACCAUCUGUGAGGGUCCACAACCAGGCCCCUGGACCAUCUGUGGGGGUCCAAAGCCAGGCCCCUGGACCAUCUGUAGGGGUCCAAAGCCAGGUCUUUGGGCCAUCUGUGGGGGUCCAAAACCAGGCCUUUGGACCAUCUGUGGGGGUCCAAAGCCAGGCCCUUCGACCAUCUGUGGGGGUCCAAAGCCAGGCCCUUCGACCAUCUGUGGGGGUCCAAAGCCAGGUCUUUGGGCCAUCUGUGGGGGUCCAAAACCAGGCCUUUGGACCAUCUGUGAGGGUCCAAAGUCAGACCUUUGGACCAUCUGUGGGGGUCCAAAGCAAGGCCCCCGGGGCAUCUGUAAGAGUCCAAAGCCAGGCACCUGGACCAUCUGUAGGGGUCCAAAGCCAGAUCUUUGGACCAUCUGUGGGGGUCCAAAGCCAGGCCCCCGGAGCAUCUGUGAGGGUCCAAAGCCAGGCCCCUGGAGCAUCUGUGGGGGUCCAAAGUCAGGCCUUUGGACCAUCUGUGGGUGUUCAUAGCCAGAUCUUUGGACCAUCUGUGGGUGUUCAAAGCCAGAUCUUUGGACCAUCUGUGGGGGUCCAAAGCCAGAUCUUUGGACCAUCUGUGGGGGUCCAAAGCCAGGCCCCCGGAGCAUCUGUGAGGGUCCAAAACAAUGCCUUUGGACCAUCUGUGUGGGUCCAAAGCCAGGCCCCUGGAGCAUCUGUGAGUUUAAAACAAGAGGAGACAUUAAUAGUGGUGUGUAGCAGGCAUCCAGAAGAUCCAAAAUACUUCUGUAAAGAUGAAGAGAGAGCUGUGUGUCACAUGUGUGAGUUUACCCUCCACCAAAAUCAUCAAGUGGUUCCUAUAGAGCAAACAAUCAAUGAGCUGAAGGUGCAGCUAAGAUCUGAUUUAAAGUCUCUGCAGGACAAGAAGAACUGGAACAUGCAGGUAGAAAAAACAUUCAGUGAAAUGGCAGAACACCUUAAAAUCCAGGUGUUGUCCACAGAGAGACAGAUCAGAGCAGAGUUCAACAAGCUCCACCAGUUCCUGAAAGAUGAAGAGGAGUCCAGACUGGCAGCUCUGAGAGAGGAAGAGGAGCAGAAGGGGAAGACUAUCGGCAGAGAGAUGAAGAGGAUUCAGGACCAGAUCGCCUCUCUGUCAGACAGUAUUUUUGCUAUUGAAGAAGUGCUCCACAAAAACAUUAUUCCAUUCCUCAGCAGUUAUAAAGCCACUCAGAGCAGAACCAGAGCCCAGAGCUCACUGUCAGAUCCACAGCUGGUCUCAGGAGCUCUGAUAGAUGUGGCCAAACACCUGGGCAACCUGUCCUUCAGAGUCUGGGAGAAGAUGAAGGAGAAGGUUUACUUCAGUCCUCUCAUUCUGGACCCAAACACUGCACACCCAAGUCUCUAUUUGUCUGAUGAUCUGACCAGUGUUAAAUGUGGAGAGACAUGGCAGCAGCUUCCUGACAAUCCAGAGAGAAACAUCAAGUACUCCAACGUUUUUGGUUCUGAGGGCUUCCGCUCAGGAAAACACAUCUGGGAGGUGGAGGUGGGAGAUCAUCCUGACUGGCUCAUUGGUUUGGUCAAAGAGUCAUUCGACCGAAAGAGAGAAACAUAUGCUUCACCGAAAUUUGGAGUAUUAUGCUUGGUGCACCGCACUGGAAAAUACUCUAACGGUGCUGGUAAAGCUGUGACAGUGAAGAACAGUCUCCAGAGGAUCAGAAUCCAACUGGACUAUGAUGGAGGAGAGGUGUCCUUCUACCACUGUGAGGACAGGAGUCAUCUCUGCAGUCACAACGACACUUUCACUGAAAAACUCUUCCCAUACUUUUGUAUUGGAAAAGCUGGUGAGGACAAAACAUCUCAUGUUAAAAUCUGUAAAAUGUCUCCUUGAGAAGCACAGAGAGUAACUAGUGUUUGAGUGGUUAAACCUCUAAUAUGGUAAUAAAAUGGAUCAGGCCCAGUCGUAUGCUACUUUUUGAGUUUGAGAAACAAAGGAAACAAGUAAACACAAAAUAUAAUGACUUUGAAUAUUACAUGCAAGAGACAAAGCAUACAACCCUACAAAAAACACUUAAAACCGGAGUUAAAAACAUAAAAGAUCAAAACAUUACAAAUAAACAGGGGAAUAUUGGUUGACUUUUCCAAUCACCUACAUUUAUUUAACUUUUACCAGCAACAGGCAACUUUCUAUCCUUGUGUUUAUUUUUAAUGUCUAAUACUUUUAUUUAUGACUUCUUAAAUGUAAGAUAUUAACCUUUGUGUUUCUGUACUAACUUGCUAUGGAGAGUUCUUCAGUUUAAUGUCAUAAUUAUAUUUUCAAAAAUAGUUUAUGAUGAUUUUUUUUGCAAUGCUCUGUUUAUUGGUUGUGAAGAUUAUGUUUAAAAGUUCAAGCAGACUCAGGGAUUUAGUUGUUUUGAUUUAUGUGGUAAGAUAUGUUUGUAUUUUCUAUUUCUGUUAAUUAACUGUUCUGUGAUGACUGAUAAUGAUUUUCCUGCUCUUAAACAAAGAAAAAAAUUAUAUUUGUCAUGUUUCUUUUGGAAUUCUAAAAAUAGAGUUUAGUUAACAAAACAUUUUCCAUAGUUAGGUAAAAGAUUUGACAAAAGAUGGAUGCAAACUAGUAAUUUUUCUAUUUCCAUAAGACUGAAGUCACUUUACAUUCAUACAUCUAUCAGUUCCACCUGUGAAUUUGUUAUUUUUUACAUUAACACACACACCAAAGGCAAAUACAGAACAGAACUGAAUCUCGUUAAUAACUGCACCUGGACUUUAUAUUAAGACAAUGUAAUGUAACCAAGUAUAACUACUCUGUUUUGAUUGAUUGGGUUCUUUUGACUGCUUGUGUUUCAUUUACAUGAUCCCCUUCAAAAUCGUGUUUUUUUCUAGGUUAUGUGAUUAUUAUUGUUGUAUUAUUAUGUCUGAGUAUAUGUUGCAAUGACUGAUGCUUUGGUUAAAAAACUUGAACAACAUAGGUUUUAAUUUCACAGUUUUUUUUUUUUCUGAGACGGCCCAUAAAGAAUGAUUAUUAUUUGUAAGUUAUAUUUUUACAUCCUUAUACUUAGCCCUUGUGCAAAGUCCGCGCCGCCUACUGGGGGAAAGCACACGCUACAAUUUGAUUCCGGUUCAAUUGAGCUGCUGAGAUAUUUUGUGCAAUAAAAGCAUGAAACAAAGCUGUCAAA